AUGGGGUUCUACGGCACUUUAAAAAUGAUCUUUUAUAAAAUGAAGAGAAAGUUGGACCAUGGAUCCGAGGUCCGCUCUUUCUCUUUGGGGAAGAAACCCUGCAAAGGCUCAGAAUACACAAGUACUACAGGUCUUGUGCCAUGUUCGGCAACGCCUACGACAUUUGGUGACCUACGGGCAGCAAAUGGACAAGGUCAGCAGAGACGUAGAAUUACAUCAGUGCAACCUCCGACUGGCCUACAAGAAUGGCUGAAAAUGUUUCAGAGCUGGAGUGGUCCGGAAAAGCUGCUGGCCCUGGAUGAACUUAUAGACAGUUGUGAACCAACUCAAGUAAAGCAUAUGAUGCAAGUUAUUGAGCCUCAGUUUCAGAGGGACUUUAUAUCUUUACUGCCUAAAGAGUUGGCCUUGUAUGUUCUAUCCUUUCUGGAACCUAAGGAUCUCCUUCAAGCAGCACAGACGUGUCGGUACUGGCGAAUUCUGGCCGAAGACAACCUUUUGUGGCGGGAAAAAUGUAAAGAAGAUGGUAUUGAUGAACCUUUACAUAUAAAAAGAAGAAAAGUGCUAAAACCGGGUUUCACGCACAGUCCAUGGAAAAGUGCUUAUAUUAGGCAGCACCGAAUUGAUACUAACUGGCGACGAGGUGAACUUAAGUCCCCAAAGGUGCUGAAAGGUCAUGAUGAUCAUGUGAUUACAUGCCUCCAGUUUUGUGGUAACAGAAUAGUUAGCGGAUCUGAUGACAACACUUUAAAAGUUUGGUCAGCAGUUACUGGAAAGUGUCUGAGAACGUUGGUUGGACAUACGGGUGGUGUCUGGUCAUCUCAGAUGAGAGAUAACAUCAUUAUCAGUGGUUCCACAGACAGAACGUUAAAAGUAUGGAAUGCAGAAACUGGGGAAUGUAUACACACACUUUACGGACAUACCUCCACUGUGCGAUGCAUGCAUCUACAUGAAAAAAGGGUAGUGAGCGGGUCACGAGAUGCCACCCUUCGAGUCUGGGAUAUUGAAACAGGCCAGUGCUUACAUGUUCUGAUGGGGCAUGUAGCAGCUGUUCGCUGUGUUCAGUACGAUGGACGGAGGGUAGUUAGCGGGGCUUAUGAUUUCAUGGUGAAAGUCUGGGAUCCAGAGACCGAAACCUGUUUACACACGCUGCAAGGCCACACAAACAGAGUCUAUUCUUUACAGUUUGAUGGCAUCCAUGUAGUCAGUGGAUCUUUGGAUACCUCAAUAAGAGUCUGGGAUGUGGAGACUGGAAAUUGUAUUCACACGUUAACUGGGCACCAGUCAUUAACCAGUGGAAUGGAACUUAAGGAUAACAUUCUUGUCUCGGGAAAUGCAGAUUCUACUGUUAAAAUAUGGGACAUUAAAACAGGACAGUGUUUACAAACAUUGCAAGGUCCCAACAAACAUCAAAGUGCUGUGACCUGUUUACAGUUUAACAAGAACUUUGUAAUAACCAGCUCAGAUGAUGGGACUGUAAAACUGUGGGACUUGAAAACGGGUGAAUUUAUUCGGAACCUUGUCACGUUGGAAAGUGGUGGAAGUGGAGGCGUUGUGUGGCGAAUUCGAGCUUCCAACACAAAGCUUGUUUGCGCUGUUGGAAGUAGAAAUGGGACAGAGGAGACAAAGCUGCUGGUGCUGGACUUUGAUGUGGACAUGAAGUGA